AUACGUAACGCGAUUUUGACAAAUUACUGAUAUGUCAAUUGUAAGACCGAAGUGACUGUGAUUUGUUUUUAUAGGCUUUAUUGUACUUUUACGCGAAAUGCAUCGAAACGAACACUGUUUUUUCUACUGAUUUACGAAAAGUGUGUGCAAAGUAAUGUUUUGCUACUAAUCAUAUCGCAGAAAAAUGUUUCAGUGUCGCGGAAUAUCGACUAAAAUUGAUGACACAAUUUCUCCUGUGUCAUCGAGACGGAAAUAAGAAAGUUAAAAAAAAAGUUAAGACGGCAGAGUUAUCUUGCUUUUCCCCAAGGAAGUAAAUUCGUCAACACGGUCGGCGGGUCGUGCAAUGGAAUAUGAUGUUUUUUAUUCAAUUUUCAUAACGAUUAAUUUAAGUGUAACGAUUAUCAUAAUGUUAGCUGCUUGCUUAUGUUGCAGAAAGAAAAUUCCAAAGAACGAGUUUUGGGGCCAAGAAGGUAUGGUUAAGAUUAAAAAUCAUGAAGACAGUGUAUUAAAUGUUGAUGAGACGUAUCUCCCGGCCAUUGACGGGAAUUCAUCCAGCCAAGGCGGAGAUUCAGAUUCUAAAAGGGCUAGCAAUGCACCACACAGAAGUUUACCAGAUAUCCCAGUUACUGAAUCACUCAACGAUAAUGUGUCAGAGUUAUAUGCAACCGUAGCUGAUAAAAUUCAACAAAAACCGCAAGGACGAAGUCCGACACCUAGCCUUAAGAAGCAAACUAGUGUAUCACAGCAUAGUUCAAUAAGUCAAGCCGACGACAUAAGUUCACCAUACGCUCGUGUAAAAACUCCUCCCCAUGAAUAUGACAAUGUACUUUCAACAGAACAUCCAUAUGCACAGGUUAAUGCUGCUGGACCUAGUACAUCUGCUGCAACACAGCAACAGUCGACGAAUUUCGACAGUUCUCCGAAUAUAUCGACUUCCCGCCGAAGUUCUCGUGAAAGCUUAUUAGGACCCCUUGAGAAUCAGCAGGAAAUACCAGCUGCUUCAGCGAUUGCUGGAAUGAUAUCUGCGAGCCAAGAGCUUCCUUAUAUGACCCCACCUAUUGUACCACAACCACAUUUUAGUGGUGAUUCACAAGACUCAUCCAAGGGAUACACUAGCAUAAGCGUGAGGGAGCCUUUAGCGAAUAUUUUAGCGCAAACGAAACGGUCGGCUCCAACACGUGUAAAUCGUAAAGAUGAUUCGCAUUACGCGACCGUAUCGGAUGAUUCAGAUGAAAUGUAUGCAGCUAUAGAAGAUCCAAAAAUUAAUCAAGUUGACAUAUAUACAAGUGGAUCGGAAACCUACGCACAAAUUCAACCAUCGAAUGCCAUCACAGUAUCUGUAGAAAUAAAUACAACCCAACAGCAGACAUCACGAGUUUCUGUCAAUCCAGAACCAUCUAGAUCGAAUGCAACCACAAAGAAAGCCGGAGAUACCCCCGUCCCACCUCCAGUCGAUACUUUGAAAGCACAAAUGCAUUCCCGCCAAGCAUCAUCAUCAUCUAAUACUAGUUCAGUUGGAAAUAUAGGUUCACCAAAGCCCGAAAAACGUCAAGCCAAUUCGCCAUUACCGCCGACACCGAAAAAUUUACAGCAUGCGAGCAAUUCAAAUCUUACAUCGACGAGCUCUAUACCUUCCGGUCGAAACUCAGUAGCAUCUGUAAUCGAGGCUCAAUUGGCGUCAGGUACACGUAUAACAUCCAAAGAAAAUAUAUCUCAGGAUAUUGAUGAUGAUUCAAGUGGUAAAAAAGAUUCAAGUCCAUUCAAAGAUAUUGAAGGAAUGUACGCUAAGGUAAUAAAGAAGAAUCGUCAUUCAAACUCUCCGUCACAAAAUGCAUCACCAGUACUAAAUCGAAAAUCCCCCAGCGAUGCACCUCCGGACCACAACCAACAAGACUUCAAUCUAACAGACUUAGUUCUGAAUUCGGUACAGGGAUCUCCUGGUAAAAUAAGCGGUAAGUCUUCAACAUACCAAGAUAAUAACUACGAAACCAUAGAUAAACGCCGGCCUAAGAGUACUAGCGGCUACGAAACAAAGGACCAUGGCUAUGAAACGAUUCCCGCGAUGAACUGCGCAAAUGGUGAUGUAAAUGGAGCAAAUGGUAUCACCAAUACGAACAAUGCAGCUGUAAAUAGGAAAUCAGAUGGAUACGCACAGGUAGCCCGGAGAAAGCUAUUGCAGAAUGAAAUUGAUACACCAGGCCCUAUUUUAACCACCUCAUACAUGAAUGCAUCCAGUGAAAUCUUUGGGAAAGUUGACCCAAUUAAAAUCGCUUCGGAACCAGGAUACGAGAGCCUCCCAGGUCAGUCAUCUCACACCAACGAUCCUGGCUAUGAAACUCUUACUAAAGCUGAUGAUGUUGCUGGUAGUAAAAAGUCAAAUUCAGAUUAUGAUCCAAACUAUGAAGUUCUGAGACCACCUCAUUAUGAAAAUUCAGAUGAUGGUUAUGCAAAAGUUUUCGAAAAAUGUGUAAGAAUCGAAGACGAUGCUAGCGAUGGAUACAGUAGAGUGAAAGAAGCUUGUGAUUUAGUGCCGGGUUACAGUAGCAUCAGGGAAAAGAAGUCUGAAAGAGGUAACCACGAUUAUGCUAGUAUAGGAGAGGAUAAAAAAUUAAUCUUGGUUAACAACAAUAAUAAUACAAACGACGAUACCGGUUCAGAAAUUUACGCUAGUAUACACAAUGAACAGCCAUCACAUGGAAGUCCAGACUACCAUAACUACCAAACAAUAAGUGAAACCAAAUCAUCACUAACAGCAACGAAUAAUUCAUCAUGUACUUCAACUUCCAACUUAGCAGAUAAGCUGAAAACACCUUCAACAGGACAAAAUAGUCCUGAAGCUCAAAUGCGUUGCAGUAGUACAUCGAAUACCAUAAGUAGUAGUCAGCAACAUUCUAGCAAUUACGGUUCAUUAACGGGAAGUGAGUCAGACCCAAAUUAUGAGUCCGUGCGAUACGUAGAUUCAGAGAAUCCAUAUGAACGGCUAGUUACAGAUCCAAGUAUAAGUCCAGACGUAACACUUCCAAAUAUUUCCACCGAAACUAGUAACCAAACACCAUCGACAUCAUCCCAACUUCAAGCACCUUUUCCACUAGCAUCACAUCUUCAAAAUGCAACUGCGACAAAUUCAAUAGGGAGCAGCGAAAAUGGGGAAGUUGAUGAUUACUUCCAAGUCUGAUGUGAUUUCUUCCGAUUAGGUUAAUUGGGCUCUUCCAUCUUAAUUGAAUCUUAGUUAAUUUUAAAAUUCAAACCAAUUUGGUAGAUUAAGAUCGGCUUUUUUGAGCGAUUUUAUGUUUCCUAAGUUACAUACAUAUAGAAAAGUUGUACUCUCCACUACAAAGGAUACAUUUGGAGAAAAAAGUAAGAUUCAACUAGGUUGGAAGGGACCAUGAAUUUUUCUAUGAAUAUACAUACUAAAUAAAACUUUAAAAUUCACCAUUGUGAUGAAAAACGGUAAACAUUUUUAUAUGAAAAUCUCACCAAAAUCGAAAGAAGAUAUGGCUGCAUAGAAUGUGACGUAGCGUCUUGUUAGUUUUACAGCUUUUACGUGAACGUAGUAAACUAAUAUUUUUUGAGCGAACGAGUUCAUUUGAAAUGAACCAAUAAAGCUUUUUCUAUUAUAUUAUUUUAAUAGAUUUAAGUGAUUUUUUCUAUACAGUGAAAAUACAUUUAUUUAUUUAUAUACGAUUAAUAGACUGUAAAUAUUUAAAUACCUGAAUGAAUUAUUAACACGAAAAUUAUCCUAAAUAAAUUAAAUUAGAUAAGCAACGUUAAUAUAUGCAAGGAAUUAUUUCUAAAGAUAAUUUAUUUCGAUUUUAAUUUACUUAUAUGAUAUAAAUGCACUUAAAAUGAGUGAAA